AUGAUGUCGGGUGCAUCUCCAAGGACUGGAUCUGAAAUUGCUGCAGAUGAGGACGGACUGCAAUGUGGCUAUGGGUGCAAUCAAGAGAUUAAAGAUCAAUGUGAGUCAGUGGUAACGCAAGAAAAAAUGAACAUUUCGCCGCUUUCAAAAAAUGCGUUGAAGAAAUUGAAGAGCAGGGAAAGGUGGCUAGAGCAUCGAAAACGAAAACGAGUCGAAGAAAAGCAAAGGAAAAAGGAGAGGCGUAUUGCUCUGAAAGAAGCUGGGCAAGGGAAGCAGCUACGACGAUUUCGUGGAAAGACGAUGGAGCAAUCAGCCUGCAAGGUUCGCGUAGCAAUCGAUAUGUCGUUCGAUGACAUGAUGUCAGAGAAGGAUUGCCGGCGUACGGUACAACAACUGAAUUGGAGCUACUCAGCCAAUCGGCGGUCUCCUGAACCGCUCCAGUUCUAUAUCACUUCGUUUACUGGAAAAUGCAGAAAGAUCUACGAUAGGAUUGAAUCAAACCGAAAUCAAGAUAUCUUCCUGAAAACAGAACCCUUGGAUGAUUUGUUCGAAGCAGAGGAGGUUGUAUAUCUUACUGCCGAUUCUGAAAAUAUACUAUCCAAAGUUGAGGAUUCAAAGAUUUAUGUAAUUGGUGGUCUCGUUGAUCAUAACAGUCAUAAGGGUCUGUGCUUGGACUUGGCUGUCCGUAAAGGAUACGGGCAUGCCCGACUGCCUAUCGAUGAGUUUGUGGAGAUGAAGACUCGUAAGGUACUCACCAUUAAUCAUGUCUUCGAAAUACUUGUGCACUAUACAAACAAUAACGAUUGGGAAAAAGCGUUCUUCGCUGUCAUUCCUCUUCGAAAAGGCAUGGCGAAGAAAGAGAUGGAUCAAAAUGCCAUGGAAGAAAAGUCUGAACACGAGGAAAUGGAGAAGGAUCUCAAUGAACCGGAAGUGAAACGUUGUGAAACCGAUGAAAGUGUUACUGCAUGA